UCCUCGGAGGUGUUCAUUCGUGUUUGUCAGUUGACUCGUGACACAUGUGUGACAUCUGAUUCUGGAUUUUGACAAAUUUCUGAUGAAAGAAAUCGGUGGCAACAUGGCAGGUGAUUCCGAGCUCUGUGGAUUCCUGGACGCUAAGUUGCCAGGAGGUCGUUACAUAUCCCAGAGAGUGCGAAAACGUCCUCUGGCGCCGUGGAAGGCAUGGCGUCGUCACUGGUGUUCAGUUCGCAAAUUGGGACCAGGACUGGGUGUGGAGGUGCACCUGGAUCGAGGACUGAGCGAGGGGGCGAACGACAGGAAUAAUUCCAUAAAAGUUCCAUCAGACUCGCUGAUCUGUCGAACUGAGUCUCGUACGAAGCAGUUUGCCUUUGGGAUAUUUCCAGGAAAAGAAAGAAAGCCAUUGCUCUACCUGUGUGGCACCUCAGAGUCAGAGACCCAACGAUGGAUGGCGAAUCUACGUCAACUCCUGAGACCCCGACGACACAGAUUUAUGGAGGGAACAUUUAACAUCUCGAUGGUCGACAACACUCACUCGAGGGCUGCUGGACUGUCAGGACUCCACGGUGACCUGGUGGCGAGUAAAUCUGGAUUAUUUAUCAAGGACGUGCACUCCGGAGAUAUAAUUGAGAACCUGGACUGGAAAGAGAUGAGUCAAUUCCAUUUGGUGACAGCUGGUCGCCCUGAGGAUGUCAAGAGAAUCUGCGUCAUCCACACGACGAAGGAAUUCCGUGGGGGUGUUGGGGAGCUCCACGUCUUCUGCAUGAAUGCCCCAAAGCUCCUCCAGGACCUAGUAACCCAAGGGCGAGGACCAAAGCACAAGCAGACAAGUCGUCCUCUCAGUUUAUCCGAAGGGGAUCUACGCCUGUCAAUUCACGUGGGUGCAGAGGCAUCUCCAGCCUUUCCAGUUCUCAAGAAUAAAGUUGCAUCCACCCUCAUCGACGCCGGCCUGGGUAUGAUCCUCACGACGAGGGCUGGCAGUGAGGCGAAAUUACUGCAUAAACUGGACGGUGGAAUGACCACCAGUAAAAUCACUGGACAUGUCAGGGCUGUUGACAAUGUAUACCAGCCUGAGCCUGCAGGCAUUCCCAGUGUCAGUGCCAGUCUUGAAGAGCUAGAGGAACCCUCACCCAGGAGGGUAUCCACUGUCUCCAUAGCUUCAGGGAUUUAUGAGGAAAUCGUUGAGGACUUGGGGGACUUCAGGAGGAGGAUUCACUCGAAUCUCUACGAGGAUCCCAAGGAGAUUCUCAUUGUUGAGGGGGGAAUUCCACCACCUCUUCCUCCUAGGCAGAGGGCAUCCAACAGGAAUGACAGCAUCAGCGAUGAUGGACUUGAUUCUGAGGGUGGCACCAGGUCUACCACACCAACUCCUGAGGAGAGGGUUGGGGCCAUUGCUAUUGAAGACUCGGAUUAUGUUCCCAUGAGUCCCAGGGUCAAGGACAUUGCACUGCAGCUUCAGGGGGAGAAGAGGAGUCCUCAGGAGGAUGUUUAUAUGGUCAUGCGGUAGGGAGCUGAUGAGGAAUUCAUCCAUUUGUUCUUCAUUUCAUCAAGGACUGGAGGAGACACCGAUUGCGGGUUCUGAGAGGGUCUGAUAAUUAUCAUUGAUUGUAUAUACGCAGUCCCUGGGGCGAGAUGUUUAGUGGAUAUUUGGUGGAAUCAGUCGUACCAGUCAAUUAUCAAUGCGUCCGGAAUGCUCAAUUUACCUGAACUUUUUGAAAGUCAAGGCUAUCACACUCUUGACCCAAUUUUUGAUAAGACACGUUGAAUUUAUCGUAGAUAAUAUGGAGUACAAAUUUUGAAGAUUGGGGACUGAGUUCCGGGGCUUAGGAUUAGAGAAUAUUUAUCAUAUCACCGCAUUGAGGACUGGCGUUACCUGCAGGGAGCAAAAUGUGUUUCCAAUUUUGAUUAUCUGGGGGAGUCUUUUGAAUUUUUUUAAUCAACAGGGCAGGAGUGAUAUUUCGAUUUUUCCGAUUCGAGUUUUUCGCGAUUAUUUUGAGAUAAUUGUUUUUUAUCGAGUUGGCGGAGAGUUACAAAAAAUGAUCUCUCGAAAACGUAUGAAAUAAUUGAAUCGACUUGUUUUCUCUUCGUCACUGAACUCAUGACGAUUCUUUGACUAGUUGCUGCAAUGGGAUAUUUUUCUCUGAAAAAUAAACUCUUCCCUUUUGCAGAAUUUUGAUUGAACUCAAUAAGAAAAUCACGUCCUGCAGUGUAGAUUUUUUUUUAUUCCAAAAAUUCGAAAUUUCAAAAUUUGACAGUAUUAUUAAUUAAAUUGAGAGUGUCGAUCUCCCCCGGUAAUUAUUUUCGAAUGAAUUAUUCUCUGGCAUUUUGUUAUCACUGCCUUCUUGCUGUGUGCCUACUCUAAGUUUCGAAGGAAAUAAUCCGGACUAAAAACUAAAUGAUUAAAUUAUGCAAAAAUUGCUUGUUGAGACUUUGUAAAUUUUGGUUGAUUAAUCACGUAAUUGAUUAUUUAAUUACAAAUGAGUACGCUUGUUGCCAUGAAUGAAAUCGCUUAGGUCAAUCAUUUACUGUUUGUCACGCGUGCUAAUUAGCUUUACGACAGAAUCCGGGGUACUGGGGAAUUUGGAUGGAUAAACGAUAAUGUGAUAGACUAUUGUUAUGUCGAUGUAGUAGUCUUAAGGACUAGAUUAAGAGUAUUCAUUUUCAUGUAUCACGCUUAUCUCGAAUUGAGAAGAUAUACUUGUGUUAUCACUUCGUUGCUUAUUGUAAGGAGAAAUUUAAUAAAAUUAAUGGAACGUAUAUUACCUACACGAGACUAAUUAAUCAGGAACAUCUGUGUAUUCCUUUGGUAAAAAAAUAUUUUAUAAUAAUAUUGAGAGCAGAAGUGAAACAAAACAGAACAGAAUUCCCAAAUCUUCGACUUUUUCCUUGGAAAUUCAACUAAAUUCAAUGAAAUUCGAUUGAAUUCAGCGAGAAUGGAAUUCAGUGGAAGUUGUAAAGUAAAAUUUCAGUUGUAU